AUGUUUGAGCGUCGUGCAGCAGAUCGAUAUCGGUUGCGGAUGCACCGCGCACGUACCGUUUCCCUAACGAACGAUGAGAUCGUGGAAGUGCGAGCGGCACAGCGGACAUUCGAAGGUGCUUAUAUCCGCACAGCGCUCUCGCAGUUUUCAUUUGCGCUUGUGGUUCUCAAGAUCUUCACCAAUGAGUUCUACAGCACUGGGGCUCUAUUCGCAGUCUACGGUACAGGGGUACUUAUUAUCGGCCUCUUUCGACGCCAGCAGGGCAAUCGCCAGUUCUUCUCCGAAGUAGGCGACGACGGAGUACACCGACACAAAUUUAGAACAAGCGGGAAUGCAGUGGUGAUAUUAACGGCUCUGAGUAUCGCUGCUUAUGCCACACUCAUCGCUUUAACUCUGCGGCUGGAUAAAUAG